CCAGAGAGCUAGACUAGUAUAAAAGAGAUAGUGCCUCCCUCAUAAUUUUUAUAUCCAAAAGACUAGGAAAAAGAAAAUAACUUAACAUAUGGUAGAGGUUUAUGAGUUCUGGGCCGUGAUAGUUUCACUCAUAGUGGUAAAGCUGUGUCACUGGAUCUACCAGUGGAAAAAUCCAAAAGGAAAUGGAAAACUUCCUCCAGGAUCUAUGGGUUAUCCAAUCAUCGGAGAGACUUUCGAGUUCAUGAAGCUUCAUGAUGCUAUUCAGUUACCAACAUUCGUUAAGGAGAAAUUACUCAGACAUGGACCAGUUUUUAGGACAAGCUUAUUUGGAGGCAAAGUUAUCAUUUCGACUGAUAUUGGAUUGAACAUGGAGAUCGCAAAGACAAAUCAUAUUCCCGGUAUGCCGAAGAGCUUAGAGCGGUUAUUUGGGGCAACCAACUUGUUUGUGAAUAAGGAUACUCAUAAACAUGCCCGCAGCUUGACAAACCAGUUUUUAGGUUCGCAAGCUUUAAAAUUAAGGAUGAUUCAAGACAUCGAUUUCUUGGCUCGCACACACAUGAAGGAAGGAGCUAGGAAAGGCUGCCUUGACGUCAAGGAAACUGCAAGCAAGAUCGUUAUUGAAUGUCUUUCGAAGAAAGUAAUGGGAGAGAUGGAACCAGAGGCAGCAAAGGAACUCACACUCUGUUGGACAUUUUUCCCAAGGGAUUGGUUUCGAUUCGCUUGGAAUUUCCCGGGGACUGGUGUCUAUCGCAUAGUGAAGGCAAGAAAUCGUAUGAUGAAGGUUAUAAAGGAGACAGUAGUUAAAAAAAGAGCAUCAGGAAAGAAAUUGGGGGAGUUUUUCGAGACCAUCUUUGGAGAUACGGAAAGUGUAACUAUGAGCAUAGAGAUUGCGACUGAGUACAUAUUUACUCUGUUUGUGCUUGCUAACGAAACAACACCAGGGGUCCUUGCGGCAACAAUAAAGCUCAUAAGUGAUAACCCUAAAGUCAUGCAGGAGUUACGGAGAGAACAUGAAGGAAUCGUCCAAGAUAAGAUUAAGAAGGAUGAGACAGCUGACCUAACUUGGGAAGACUACAAAUCAAUGACUUUUACCCAGAUGGUGAUAAAUGAGUCGCUUAGGAUCACAAGCACGGUACCAACGGUGCUUAGAAUAAUUGAUCAUGAGAUCCAAUUUGGUGAUUAUACAAUUCCGGCUGGUUGGAUCUUUAUGGGUUAUCCUUAUGUGCAUUUCAAUCCAGAGAAGUAUGAUGACCCUUUAGCUUUUAAUCCAUGGCGCUGGAAGGGAAAAGACUUGAGCACGAUCGUCUCCAAGACUUACCUUCCCUUUGGCUCUGGUACUAGACUAUGUGUGGGAGCUGAAUUCGUUAAGUUGCAAAUGGCCAUUUUUAUCCAUCAUUUGUUUAGAUACAGGUGGUCAAUGAAGGCAGAGACUACUUUACUUCGAAGAUUUAUACUUGUGCUUCCACGUGGAUCUGAUGUUCAAAUCUCAUAAGACACCAAACAGGAUAACUCUGUAUAGUGUUAUGAGAGAAUAAUAAAAUUCAGUUUCUAUACCUUUCACUCUUUCUCCUUAUAACUUUUCAUGUAGUUUUGGUAUCAUAGCCAAUUUCGAUUUUUCUAGUAUUUGCUUUAUAAAAAAUAUAUGUUAUUGAAAGAAAGAAAUAAAAAUUGUUAACUGCACAAAGUAUUGUAGAAUAAAAUACCUGAG